GGGGAGCAUGGCGCGGCUCCUGGCGGCGAGCGUUGUGCGCAGUGUGACCGUGGCCGUUGCGCCCGCGACAGCCGCGCUCGGACUCCGGGGCUUAGGCAGUGGUCGGGCCUGGGCCCGCUGGCCGCCUGUCGCGGGUAGGAGAUGGCCCAUGUUUGCCGCUUCCCUGUCCCUCUCAGUGUCGCGGGUAGGAGAUGGCCCAUGUUUGCCGCUUCCCUGUCCCUCUCAGUGUCGCGGGUAGGAGAUGGCCCAUGUUUGCCGCUUCCCUGUCCCUCUCAGUGUCGCGGGUAGGAGAUGGCCCAUGUUUGCCGCUUCCCUGUCCCUCUCAGUGUCGCGGGUAGGAGAUGGCCCAUGUUUGCCGCUUCCCUGUCCCUCUCAGUGUCGCGGGUAGGAGAUGGCCCAUGUUUGCCGCUUCCCUGUCCCUCUCAGUGUCGCGGGUAGGAGAUGGCCCAUGUUUGCCGCUUCCCUGUCCCUCUCAGUGUCGCGGGUAGGAGAUGGCCCAUGUUUGCCGCUUCCCUGUCCCUCUCAGUGUCGCGGGUAGGAGAUGGCCCAUGUUUGCCGCUUCCCUGUCCCUCUCAGUGUCGCGGGUAGGAGAUGGCCCAUGUUUCUUCCUGCUGCUGCCGGCAGUGGAGGCGGAAGUGAGAAGGGCAAACUGCUGCUUCAGGACGUUGCUGAGUUGAUUGGAACAGGAGCCUGCCGGAGAGUAGUAGUCAUGGCGGGGGCUGGCAUCAGCACACCCAGCGGCAUCCCAGACUUCAGGUCUCCAGGGAGCGGUCUUUACAGUAACCUCCAGCAGUACAGUCUCCCAUACCCAGAGGCCAUUUUUGAACUCACGUUUUUCUGUCACAACCCCAAGCCCUUUUUUGCUUUGGCCAAGGAGCUGCGCCCUGGGAACUGUCGGCCCAACGUUAUUCACUAUUUCAUCCGGCUGCUCCACGACAAGGGGCUGCUUCUGCGACUCUACACACAGAACAUUGAUGGGCUCGAGAGAGUUUCAGCAGCCGGCAUCCCUGCCUCAAAGCUCGUGGAAGCUCAUGGAUCCUUUGCCUCUGCUACCUGCACUGUCUGCCAGAGGUCCUGGCCAGGGGAAGAUAUUUGGGCUGAAGUGAAGGAGGGCAGGGUGCCCCUCUGUCCAGUCUGUACGGGUGUCGUGAAGCCUGACAUCGUGUUCUUUGGGGAGCCCAUGCCACAGAGGUUCUUUCUGCACGUGGUGGAUUUCCCCAUGGCAGACCUGCUGCUCAUCCUUGGGACGUCCCUGGAGGUGGAGCCAUUUGCCAGCCUGUGUGAGGCUGUGCGGCACUCCGUGCCUCGGCUGCUCAUCAACCGUGAGGUGGUGGGGCCCUUCGCUUGGCGCCCGCGGGUCCAGGACGUGGUGGUGCAGGGGGACGUGGUUGAGGGCGUGCAGAGGCUGGUGGAGCUACUGGGCUGGACGGAGGAGAUGCAGGACCUCAUUCAGCGGGAGGCCGGCAAGGCUUCCUUCUGAACUUGCCUCAGCAGCAGCGUGUGUCUUGAGAGCUGCUGGACGGCCUGCUCCCCUUCUGUUUUCCAACUCAAUGGGCUGGACAGGUAGAGUGGCGGCAGCUGCAGGACUGACCACAAGUGUGCUGGCCAGCCCUGUCUGCUGAGGCCACACAGCUGAAGAACAGCUCAGCGGCACAGGUGCUGUCUGACCUGGACAUGAGGCCUGAGGAGAUGCCCAGGGCUGCAGUCAGGACCAGUUGAUCACUGCUGGGGCCCUGAACUGACCAGCUAAAGUUGUAGCCGCGUCACUUACCUGUCAGGAAGGCAGGGCCAGUCUGGGUCACACCCAGUGUGGGCUGGGGUUUGCCCUUCACUUCUCAAGUAAAAUAAAAAUGAGGCCUUCUUUCAUUUUUUGUGUCCUCAAUCUAAGAUAAUUUGGGUUGUCUCCUGGGGCUUUCCUGCUCUGGGCCAACUUUUGUCCAGAUAUAAAGAAGACAGAGGCUGAGUGAGGGAAACAAAGGAAGAAGCUUCAGUGCUGUGGGGACUGGCCUGGCCUUGGGAAGCAGACAUGGCAAAGCCAUGCAUUUUGCUAGCCUGAAAGGAUCUCUAUAAAGGUUUGAACCUGGUCCAUGUUACACCACAGCAGGCUUUGGUGCUGUGGUCUCUAUAUUAAAAAGUAAA